AUGGUAGGGUCCGUAUUGAUUGAUCGCUUCAUAGCUGAAAAAGACUUUGACGACACCUCCUCGUUUGCCUUAUUUAGUACUUCCCAAUCUGGAGAGGAAGUCCAUCUCUUUCCAGAUCGUAGUCAUCGAUUGCAAGAUGCUUAUGAUCUGAAUGCUCUUGCUCAAAUGGACAUAUUGGUUUCAUGUCAGGGAGGGGAGUACACUAAGAAAGUUCAUCCGCAACUUCGAUCGAAGGGUUGGGUAGGCUUUUGGAUUGAUGCAGCUUCUACUCUGCGGCUUGACGAGAAAAGUGUGAUUGUUCUUGAUCCUGUUAAUCGGGAGAUGAUUGAUCGCAAGCUGGAGCAGGGUGUUAAAGACUUCAUAGGGUCAAACUGCACGGUGGCUAUCAUGGUGAUGGCCAUUCACGGCUUGUUUAAAGAAAAUCUUAUUGAAUGGGUGAGUAACAUGACUUAUCAGUCCGCUUCUGGGGUCGGUGCCAAAGGGAUUGAAGAGAUGAUCCAGCAAAUGAACAUUCUUUCUCAUGUAGGAAGAAAGUCUCCUGGAGAAAGUAUUCUUGCCUUGGAAAGACGGCUUACCGAAACAAUGAAUGAUUCUUCCUUUCCACAAGAGAAAUUGAAGACCGCUUUAGCGGGCAAUAUCAUUCCAUGGGUGGAUCGUCGCAUGGACAAUGGACAGUCUCGUGAGGAGUGGAAGGGCUUUAAAGAAACUAAUAAAAUUUACGGGUUUAAUCCUCCCAUACCGAUUGACGGGACCUGUGUGCGUGUAGGGGUAACCCGUUGCCAUAGUGAAGGACUUACUAUUAAACUCAAGAAAAAUUUACCCAUUGAAACGAUUGAAGAAAAGAUUCGUUCAGCCCAUGAAUGGGUACAUUGGGUACCUAAUGAGGGGGAUAUUACUGUGCAAAAACUUACUCCUUCAAAAAUUUCUGGCAAACUCUCCAUUGGUGUGGGGCGGGUAAGAAAAAUGGAGAUGGGGGGAGAGUAUCUUAAUGUGUUUUGCAUCGGUGAUCAAUUAUUGUGGGGUGCAGCAGAACCCUUGAGGAGAACAAUUCUCAUCCUCAUGGGUUUACUUAAAUGA